GUUGAUGACCCUUGACCAAGAGAGAUAUUGGCAGACAUCUUUUCAACUUGGUUAACAUCUUACCGCUUUACUUAAUUAAGUUGCUUAUUCAGUGCUGGUGUACAAGAUGCGUAGUUUAAAUCUCAUUUUCUUGAUUUUGUUAGUGGAUUUUUGUCGAAGUGAAGUUCCUUCUGCAAAACAACAGCAACUUAUUGAACAGAGCGAAAAAAAGAUCAGUGACCACAUAUUGGGAAUACUAGAACAUUAUAAACAAGAUGACCCUGUAGGAAUUCCCGGAGUACCAGUGCCUGACCCUUUGUCCAUCCCGCCGUUGGCUCAUUCGUUCCCGGUUGGCAAGAUGACCUUCAAAAACGUGAAACUGUAUGGAUUAUCAAAGUUUCGACUCGAGCAAGUCAAAGCGGAUGUUACUGCAAUGAAAGUAGAAACCGCAUUAUCUAUAAAAACACUGAAUGUGAUGGGCAAUUAUACACUUAGUACAUUUUUCUCGUCAGCGCGUGGGCCAUUUACGGUGAAACUAACCGACGUCUACGUCGUAGCUAUUGCAACUCUGGAAGUUGAGAGGAAUGGGCAGCUUGAAGCUCAAGAUAUGAAUAUGGAUAUCAAAUUUAAAGGAAUUGCAAUGGAUUUCAAAGGAUUGGGAUUCUUCGCGAGUAUGUUUCAAGGUGUUAUUAACUCCGUCGGUAACUUUAUUUUCGACUCUAUAAAACCGUUUAUUCUGCGCGAAGUCAAUACAAAUAUGCGAAAAGACGUCAAUGCGCAAGUAAGGAAACUUCCGCAGAGGUUUCCCAAUUCAAUUUCACCUUUUGAUCAACUUCUUGUUACUGUACGUCAUAAAAUCAGAGAUGCGCAGUUGGAUCCUUACAAAGUGAACGACUAUAACACCUCUGUUGGUAUUUUUGAUAUUUUUAUGAGCCAUACGUGGUUAUAUGGGUUGUCUUCGAUCCACAGAGUGGGUGAUAUUGUAUUUGAAAUAAAAAAUAAUACGGUUUAUGCAAAUGUGGCAGCUGGAACACAGAAAAUGGAAGGAACAAGUCAAUGGGAAGUUUCUUUGGCCGCUGGUUUUAUGUCACAAGCGGGAACAGUUUCAUUCACCGUGGAAUAUCUAACAGUUGAAGUAGUUCUUAGUCAGACGAUGGACACACGGAAUCCACCCACGUUGGAAGACAUACAACUAGAGUUGGGGAAUAUCCAAGUCAGAUUUGAUGGUGCUGGGACUGUAGAUUAUGUAAUCGAGCUGGCUGUUAACGUUCUCCCGAAUUUGUUAAGGUAUCAAAUAAUGGAUGCUCUAGAAACUCCAAUAAAACAGCGAAUCCAGCUUGAAUUGGACAAAGUUAACGUUGAACACAUAAUCAAGCAAAAUAUCAAAAAAAUUGAUAAUCCUCAUGCGAUAGAGCUUUUGUAAUGAAACUGUAGUUCAGAUUAUAAAUUUAUUUUCUUUUAUAUAAAAUAAUAAAGAAAUAAUGUACAUUA